AUGAGUACUUCAGUUAACAUAAGUCAAGAUGGAAAAUCAGCACUUGAGGAUAACAUCUUAUGUGAAUCUACUGAACAGGCUGACACCUAUAAUGUAGACUCUGGUGAUUGGCAAACUUUCCUUGAAAAACAACUUGAUGAAAUUUCUGAAGAUGGUGACUCAGAAAUCGAUCAAGAUGUUGAAAAAGAUAUGUCAGAAUUCAAUUCUAUACUAAGUGUUAUCUUUACAAGAAAACUUUCUACGACAGAUGUGAUUGAGCUCAUUGCUCAUCUCAGUAGAGAAAAUAGGAAACUAAGAAAGAUUUUCACUGGUUUCUUCUAUGGAUAUAAGAAUUCCAGAUAUCUUCUUAAAGACUACAAAGAUAGUCUACACUCAAAAACCCUUGAGUUUGAGAAUCUCAACAGGAAACAUUACUUGUUGAAUAAGAAGCUUGUUGAGACAGAAGCAAGGACUAAUUCUCAACAAUCAAAAAGUAAGGAACAAAAUGAGUCUGAUUCCUUCAACAAAAAUCCUCUUGAGGAUCAACUAGCUGAAGAUCUUGAAAGAAUCAAGUUCUUAGAAGAGGAAGUUGUAAGGCUAAGAAGACUUAAUCAUAGCACAAUCAAUUUAUCUUCCUUGUUGGAUGUAGGAAGAAAUCAUGGAGACAAACGUGGAUUGGGAUAUGAUGGAAUUGAUACUUCGCCAAUCAACAAGGAAGUAAAAUUUGUAAAAGCUGUUGGCCCUUCCACUCCAGAAAAUCCACCUGAACAAGCUGGUACGUCUGAGUCACCCAAGUGCUCAAAUAAGAUUCUGACAGAAAACAUCUCCGAAAGCAAUCAUAGGAAGACUCCAACUAAGGAUCAGCAUAGUAACCGACGUUCUCAUAAAGUUAAAACUAAAAACUUUACUCGAUUUAAUAAGUAUUGUUAUUAUUGUAAAGAUAAAGGUCAUAUGCAAAGGGAUUGUAAAAAUCGAAAGAUGAAAAACGCUCUAUCAUUUGUAUCUAAAGAAUUGGACAGUGUCAUCUACAAAAACCUCUCAGAUCAUCACUUUCCUGUGAGACAAACGAAUUAUUACAAAAAUUCAAAAUCAUAUCAUAAAAGAAACAUUCCUAAAAGGAAGAAUAAAAUAAAGGGUAACACAUUUAUCAAUGGGGAUAUGAGAUCUGAUAUUUCAAGAUGGAAAGAUGCAAUGUCACUAGAAAUGAAGAAUCUUCAUUCAAAAUCCACCUACAAGUUGAUACCAAAAUCCGAGAAGGUAUCCAAAAAGAAGUUAUCUAAAACAUAUUCUAAGAAAAACAAUCCGGUUGUAAUCUUAGACAAAGAUGACUAUGAAUGUCUAGUACUUCGACUCAAAAAGGAUCUAGAGAUAUCCAACGAUAUCAAUGUGAAAGCAUCUUUCGAUGACUUGCUACACUGUAGUAAGGAAGAAUUAACUGAAGAACAUAGAAUCAAUCUCAUUAUGACUUUUCAGCAUCGAGACUGGCUCAAAGAAAGAAUUGUUCAAGUAAGAGGUGUUCUUGCUGAACUCAAGAUAAUGGUGGCUCCUGAUUAUAAUCGUGUAUCUUCUUCUUCUGAAAAACAAUUUGGAAACGCCAAAUCAAAGAUGAGGAGUUUUGCAGAUGUUCAUGCUAAGCUUCAGAAGGCGGGACUAGCGGUUGAGGACGAACCACGAUCUUUCGUUGAAGGCGUAGCCUCUGAUCCAUAUGCAUAUGAAGUUGAACCUUCCUGGGAACCUAUUGGUCGUGAAAUUGAGCCAUAUCCACCUGGCAUGGAGGCUUAUCGAUUGGCCAAGAUCGAUUUUCAAGCUGAAUGGAAAGAAGAUGACUACUUAGAUGCAGCCUAUGAUGAUCUUGAAGACCAUCUCGAAGAGAUUCCUGAAGAAAACUCUGAGUACGAUUCUGGAGAAGAACUUGAAGAAGAUUCCGUAGAAGAUGAUGAUCCUGAAAAAGAUAAAGAUUGUGAGGACGAUGACGAAUCUGAUGUUUAG